CACAACACUUCGGAUUCUGGAAAGAGACCGACUGAUGGACGUUGAAGAUGUGGGGCAAUGUUGUCGUCAGGUGGUUCCCCCCCUAUUCCUUUUCUCUCUCGCUUCGCUGUCUCUAUUAGGUAAGCGGUUGGCUAAACGUGGGGCCUAUUUGACGUUCGAUAUCAAUGAAAAACCUUUCCUCCUCUUUUCUUCUCUCCUUCACAAUAAGGCUCGUGAUGAUUCUCAAAUAACACAUGAUAGGAAGAGAAUGACUGACCACCCAUGGUGGCAGCGUGAUCUCAAUAUUAUAUCUGAAGCCUGGUCUGCGCAAGCAUUGAUUACGCCACUCCUGCGCCCGCGGGGGAUUUUCUGUCUAGGUUUUCAACGUCUCAUUUUCACAUCGUUUCCUUUUUCAUGUUCUCCCCCACACGCCUUGAUCAAUUCGAAACUACUAUUCGGGCCUGUGACCAAGUUCGAAGUCUCUUCAACUGGGCAUUUCUUCAAUUACCAGAUUGCAGUCUAUUACCACUUGUUCAUCUUGGUGGAUUUCAGCCACUCGCUACCCGUGGGGCGCGACUGAGUCUGAAUCUCGUUCGUAUGCAAAACCUAGGUAGA